AUGGAACCUAAGUUGAAGGUUAAGAAGGAUGAAGAUGGUGAAAAAAAUGACCCAACUGAAUAUAGGAAAGUGGUAGGUUGUUUGAGGUACUUGACUCACACUCGACCGAACUUGUCAUUUUCGGUUGGAACUGCAAGUCAUUUCAUAGAGGAACCGACCACUUUGCAUUUCCAAUUUGUGAAACACAUCUUACCAUACAUGAAAGGAACCAUUGAUUAUGGACUCAACUAUGGAAGAUUUCGUGCAAUUAAAGUCUUGGUUGGUUUUACCGAUAGUGAUCUUGGAGGUGACCCUGUUGAUAGCAAGAGCACAAGUGGGAUGAUUUUCUAUCAAGGAAGGAAUGUGAUCACUUGGAAAUUCCAAAAGCGAAAGGUUGUUACUCUGUCCACAUCCACAUGUGAAGUCGAGUUCAUGGCAGCUACAACAACGGCAUGUCAAGCCAUUUGGCUUGCUAAUCUCGUUAAGGAGCUCACGGGACAUCAUAUCACGCCUAUCACCUUGUAUGUCAACAUUCAUAUUGAUGAGAAAUCCCGUGUUUCAUGGUCGAAGCAAACACACUGA